AUGUCAAUGCUUUUGAUCUGGGGCACCGUCCUGGGUGCCAGUGCUCUUGUGAUCAAGAUUAUCUACACAUACUUUUUUUCACCUCUAUCGCAUAUUCCCAAUGCUGGUCUGUUGGCUCCAAUCUCACGAUUUAUGUGGGAGUUCCCUCUAGAAUACCGGGGACAGCUCACCCUGGAGCUGCCAAAAAUACACAAGAGGCUUGGCCCGUUGGUGCGUAUCGGUCCAAAUGAAGUGUCGUUCUACUCCCUGGAUAUCUACAAAAGAGUCCAUGCGCCAAACAGUGCUUUUAUCAAGGACCCCCGAGUGUACGGCCAAUUUGUACAAGACGGACAUCCCGCCCUAUUUUCCAUAACUGACUCCAAAGAGCAUGCACAACGGCGCAGACAUAUGGGUGUGCUUUUUAAUCGCAGUCGGGUGCCGGCUCUGAUUCCGAUGAUGCUAGAUCAGAUCUUCAGAUUUAACGAUCUUCUUGCCAAAUUAUACCAGAAAGGACCAAUUGAUCUUGUACCUACCUGUCGGGCUCUCGAGGCUGAUGUUGUGUCGAGAUUCGCAUUCGGAAGCCCUAUUGGGGCAAUUGAUUCGUUGAAUGUCGGAAAAGAGUUGAGUAUCGUUAAGGAAAAUGACUUGAAAUCAUCAAAGAUGCCACUGUACACAAAGUUUCCAUUCGCAACCCGGAUUUAUGACUCCAUUUCAAGUUCCAUCUUUGAUCUCAUCGGGUGGGAUAUUUCCUCGGUCACAAGUUCCAGAUUGUUUGACACGUGGGCAAAUGAUCAGUUGGAUACAUGUUUAGACUCUGAGAAAGCUCCAGAUAUCUCCUUUUUGAAAGUAAUGGCGGGGCCUAGACUAUCACCCCAGUCUGCAUUGUCUGAGGCUAAGGAGAUGUUGGGCCCUGGGACAGACACCACUUCAGCCACCCUUGCUCAUAUUUUAUGGGCCCUUUCCCUGAAUAAAAACUUACAAAAUCAACUUUUUCAGGAACUGGAAGCGGCCCAGUGGCCUACAGACAUGUCAUUACUGGAGUCACUUCCCCUCCUAGUUGCAUGUGUCAAAGAGGGAAUCAGAUGGACUGGGGCGGCAGCCGCCAUGCUACCCAGAAUCGUCCCUAAAGGAGGCACUUUACUUGAUGGGAAAUAUAUCGAAGGAGGAACAAUGAUCGCGAGCUCUCCAAUCUGGUACUUGCACGACGAGGUCGCCUUUCCAGACCCACAUAAAUACCGACCGGGUCGCUGGCUGUUAAAUGAUACAAACGAGGCAACCAAAUUAAGAAACGAAUAUUACAUCCCUUUUUCAAAGGGACCUGGCACUUUCGCAUACUUGGAACUCUUUCUUUCUGUUUCCCAAAUCCUGAAGGAGUAUCUCAUCGAGGCAUGCAGCGAUAAGAUUGUCCUCGGCAACGUUGAAGCCGUUUUACCUUUGCGACGAGAGUGGGUUGCCGCUGUGCCCACAGGACCGCUGCAUGUUUCUCUUCGACCUCGUUCGGGGCUGCAUAACAAAAAUGCAACUUAUAAUAACCAUUUCCCCUUUCAAGGGACCUGA